UUUUUUUUACAUGUUGCGGAUGGCCUCUCCACUGCGUCUUUUUUGAAGUUACAUUUUUAAUUUUAUUCCAGUAAUUUUUUGGAGUUAGGUUUUAUCAAUGAAUUUUUUGCGUUAGUCUUUUGGAGUUUGGUGCUAAAAAGUGAAUUGGAAGAUUUCCCUUCCUCACUCGCUGCCUGACCAUGCUGGGAAGCAGUGACUCUGGCCCUGGCCGGAGGACCUCGUGGUUGGUCAGCGCCUUGUCCCAUCACUUCGGCCCCGAGGGCGGCCAAGUGGACAACGAGAUUGUGGUGUUGGCCACCGGCCUUGACCAGUACCUGCAGGAGAUCUUCCACCACUUGGACUACGAGGGGGACGGGCUGGUGUCGGGCGAGGACUUUCGGGCUCUGUGCUUUGUGCUGGGGCUGGAGGAUGGGGUGGAAGGGCCGCCCGAGGCGGUCACCUUCCGGCACUUCCACGCCCUCCUGUGCGAACCUUUCCACGGCCUCUUGGGUCGGGGGGAGCCAGGGCUGCGGCUGCCCGUCAGUAAAGAGACAGAGCACAUAGAGAGGCAGAUCCAGCUGAGGUGUCCUCGCCGGAGGAGGAGAAAGAGGAGCGUGUCCUUCCAGCUACCCCGGGAGGGAGGCGCGGAGGAGGAGGAGGAGGAGAGCCCCGGGGCACAGCAAGAUCCCAGUGCGAGGGAGCUGGAGAAUGCCAGCCUGCGGGAGUUGGUGGAGGAUCUCCGGGGCGCCUUGCAGAGCAGCGAUGCCCGCUGCCUGGCUCUGGAAGUCGGCCUCCACAAAGCCAUCACUGGCCUCCCCGGGGCUCCGAGGCACCAGAGGCGGCAGCUCCAGGAGCCCCGGCCGCCCGGACUGAGCUGCCCGGGCUCCCGCCACCUGCUCCGGGAGCUGGAGCUGAUCCGCUCGUCCCGGGACGGUCAGCUGGACGAGGCGAGGCGCCUGAACCGGCAGCUGGAGCAGGAGCUGCGGGACGCUCACUGCCGCCUCGGGCACCGGGAGCACCGGCUCGCCGCCCUCCGAGCCGAGCACGGCCGGCUCCGGGCUCAAGCCGAGAGGGUGACCUCCGCUCUCCGGGCCGCCCUGAGCAACGUGAAGGAGCUGGAGAGGAGAGUCCGGCAGCUGCCUCUGUUAGAGAGCCGGCUCCAGGAGCUGGAAGACCAACUACAGCUGGACAGGUCACAAGAAGGUCAAGGCAGAAGGGACCCAGCUCUGCUGAACCACUCCCAACACUUGCACAAAUAUUGCAGCUAUAGGCAGAAUAACUGGAGUCCCUCAUUCCAACAAACACGGAGUCCUCCCACAGGAAAAGCAGAUUCAACCUCGGAAAGCAGGGAAUGUUCCAGCUUGCAGAUUGGAGAUCCUUCCUGUAAUGAAGAUGAGGGACAUUUACUCAGAGCAGUCGAGGGGUGUGCUGCUUCUGAUGAGGAGGAGGAAGAGAGAGGUUCAGAGGGUCAACAGUGUCAGAUGAUGGAACAGAAUAGAGAUGGCUGCAGUAGUGAAGGCAGCACAUUACAACGACUGCUAUCUCACAACUGCAGCUGUGGGAUCAUGGUCAUUUCACCAUGGAUGGAAAGAGAAAAGGAACUCAUGACUCAGUUAAAGAACAAGGAGGAACAAGUGACAGAGCUCCAGACUGAGACUGAGAAGUUGACAUGUGCAAUGACCAAGGAACUCCAGCUGAAAGGGGAGGAGGUGGAGAUGCUGAGGAUGGAACUGCAGAUGGUUGAAACUGAUCGGGUUAGACUCUCGCUGAUUGAGGAGAAACUGACGGAUGUACUGCAGCUUCUGCAACAACUGCGAACGCUGAACAUUUCCAGACGGUCAUUGGGGAAGAUCUUAAUGAGCACUUUGGACUCCUGUUACAAUGUGGGACAUGGAAUGAUGAGCUCCUUGGACAUAUUGAGUGUUCUCCAUAAAGAGCUGCUCUCUUGUGAGUUACUCUCCAAAGGUUCAUGUCAAACGGAGGAGGAGCAGAUCAGGAAAAACUCCCUGGUGAUAUCAUGUUAAUGCAUGGAAGUGGGCAGAUCCCACUUUGCAGCAAUAAUCUUCAAUCUUUCCCUCUUAAGCAGUCAGUUGGGAUGUGGCCAAUAUCCAUAGGCAGAAGAGGGUCCUGCCAAAACAUCGACUUGCCUGCUGCUCAGAUGCUGCCUGACCUGCCUUGCUUUCUCCACACUUUAUUGACCCCAGGUCUCUAGUAUAUGCAGUCCUCUCCAUCUUCUUGAAACCAUUGAAGAUCAAUCACUGAAACACAAAUGUUUAUGAAUGCUUGUGGACCGGAGGCUGGCUAAUCACAGGCUGACACAUACAGACGUCUGAAGCAAUUGAUGAUGUACAGUCUGUGCUAUCAUGGACUUUGACCAAUCUCAGUGACAAAAAUUCUGUAAAUUUGCAUGUGGUCACAAAAGGCAAGCAAAUCGAUUUAAAGAGAGAGCUUGUUUCUGGGGACUUUGCAGCUAAUGAAACCUGUUAACUGAGUGGACAAAUGCGGUAACCAUCUUGUGCUCAGGAAGAUCCCACAUAGAGUGUGGUUCCAGUUAAUUUUGUCAUAACUGCAAGGCGGUUGUUUGUCAGGAUACUGGGGGAGCUCCCUGCAGAAAGACAGUGAUGAAAGUUACGUGUCCAUCAGAACAGGCAGCUGGUGCCUUGGUUUAAUGUCUCAUCCCAGUGGUCACCCUUCCAGCAUUUCAAUGUUGCUUUUGAAUGGGACUGAGCUUUAACAAAAAGCAGAAUACCACAGAUGCCGGAGACCUGAAAUUAAAAAAAAACACCAAUCGGCAGCUUCUGUGGAGAGAAAGAGACUUUUAUCAGAAAAGAUUAUGUACUCAGUCUUGAAUCUGUAUCAGCUAACCAUGUUCCACAUCUCAAGACGUGGCUCACAAUAACCAGGUCACUAAACAGUAAACAAAGCACUUGGGUUUAUUUCUGAUGGGAGAGAAUUGAAAAGUAGAGAGUGUUGAUUAGCCGGUACCUGGAACACUGUACACAAUCCUGGACACCGUAUUAUUACAAAGAAACAUAUCAAAACACAGAGGGUGUAAAAUAAAUUUAUAAGGAGGAUGCCAGAUUGACAACUUGUCUUUCUUCUUGAGAAAGGAAGGCAAGGGGAUGUCCUAUUAAAACUCUUUAAUAUUAUGGAAGAUUUUGAUUGUUUAGAUGGGGAGAAAAUGUUAUGGGAAGAUCAUAACUAGAAACCAUUAGUGUAAAACUGCCUCCAAGAAGUUCAAUGGGGGAAGCAGUGGGAGGGAUGCAAUGAAGAGAUGUGUGCUAAUUGUUGAAGUUCUGGGGUGAACUUAGAGUCCCUUCAGUGUGGCAGCAGGCCCUUUGGCCCAACGAGUCCAUACUGACCCUCCAAAGAGUAACCCAACCAGACCCAUUCCCCAACCCUUU